CUAUGCUUCCUAUAUAAAGAGCACUGUCGUCCCUACAAUUUCUCUCAACCGUGCCCUGAUUCUCUAAUGACUUGUUCAAAUUCUAUACGUAAAUAUAUAUAGUUACAUACAGAAAUUAUCGAUUUCCGGGAGGCGGAGGACUGAAAAUGGCGCCGAAGAAAAAAUGUACGGCGAAGACGGCGGUGACGGCGGCGGCAGAAGAGGUGCAUUACAGAGGUGUACGGAAGAGGCCGUGGGGAAGAUACGCGGCGGAGAUUAGAGAUCCGUUGAAAAAAUGCCGUGUUUGGUUAGGUACUUUUGAUACCGCUGAGGAAGCUGCGAGAGCUUACGAUGCAGCGGCAAGAGAAUUUCGAGGUGAGAAAGCGAAAACGAAUUUUCCGAUUGUGUUGCCGCCGGAGGAUGUGAAUCGGAGUUUGAGUCUGAGCCAGAACAGUACCGUUGAGUCAUCGUCUGCGGCGGCGGAAGCUGAGGUGACGGUGACGGCGGCGGCGGCGGUGACGACGGCAAUGGUGGAAUCAUCGCCGUUGGAUCUGAGCCUAGGAAGCUCAUCGGUUGGUAAGUUUUUGUUUCAUAAUCCUCAAUUUCAUGUUGCGCCGAUCGAUGAAGGUGUAACCGGAGGAAUCACUCCGCCUAUGUACUAUAUGGAUGCUCUAGCUGGAGUGAUUCAUCACGGCGGCGGAGAUGGAGGUGAUGCUACCUGCCGGAGUGAAUCGGAUUCUUCGUCGGUGAUCGAUUUUAUGGGUAACGAUCUCAAGCCAAAAACUAAAGGCAUCGAUAUCGACCUUAAUCUUCUUCCGCCACCGGAAGACAUGUGAAAUUCGCCGGAGUUGAUGAUCGGAGAUUCUGCAUGUUUUUUGAACUGUUGCUUUAAUUAAUUUGUUGUAAUCUUGUUUAAUUAGCGUAAUUCCCCUUUUAAUUUUCAGAAAUUAGGAAAGAGUUUAAAAAAGAAAAGAUAAGUGAAACAAUAGUUUAUAAUAUAUAUAUGGAGGAAAACGUUGACGUUU